UCUUUCCAAGGAAGUCAAGGCCGAGCGUACCUGUUCAACUCAGUGUAAGUACCUGAGCCUAUUUUAUUAUUCUCUAAGUCAAACCCCCAUUUGAUCACUUCAUCCCUCUCUCCUCUGACACCCCCUCUUUCUCUAUUUCUCACUCUUUCUUUUCUUCACCUUUCUCUCCGUUUAUAACAUUAUUCCUCUCUCUCUCCCCCGCUCAGGGUGAACGUGGGGUGUGGACCAGCAGAAGAGAGGGUAUUGUUGACAGGGCUUCAUGCAGUGGCUGAUAUCUACUGUGAAAACUGUAAAACCACACUGGGCUGGAAAUACGUGAGUAACUAAUUAGCAUAGGAAUCCCCUACAAACAGUUCUGUAGACAUACAGGUGUUUAACACAUCUAUAGACAUAAAUGCUCCACAUUGCUGGUCCCUGGCGCCACUUUGUGGCUAACUAUGUGGGUUAAGGUGUGUGUGUAUGUGUGCGUGUGCGUGCGUGCGAGGAGGUCAGCGAGAGAGACCUGGACGGUACGCGGCCUUGUAGUGUUUUAUGGCGCUACCAUCUGUGUGAUAUUAUUAUUAAUAUCCUCCACGAGGCCUGAUGCUCCCUCACUGUCACACUGCCAAAGGUGGUGCUGCUGACCUAGUACACUUAUCAACGGGGGGAUGAUAAACACACAAACACACUAUCACUCACACACGCAAAUACACACACACACAAUAACUUUCACUUACUAACUCACGCACAAAUACACACACACACACACACACACACAAUCACUCACACUGAGAUUACGUAUAAAACAACAAGAAAGAGAGAUUACCCCAGACAGAAAACAUCAAAGCACUGUUUACAUUCAUGAAAAUGCUUGUUUUAUCCGUUCACUAGUGUUUGUGACUGUCUCUCUCUCUUCCCUCUUUCCCGUUCUUGGUCCCUGUCUCUAUCUUUCUCUCUUUCUAUCCUCUUUUCCCUCUCCAUUAUUCCUACCCCCACUGUAUUUCUCUCUCUCUCUCUCUGCAGGAGCAUGCCUUUGAGAGCAGUCAGAAGUAUAAGGAGGGGAAGUUCAUUAUCGAGCUGGCCCACAUGAUCAAGGACAAUGGCUGGGACUGA